CGCUGUCAUUCCAGAGGUGACCAGCCCAGCGAGAGAAGCAGACCGGUAGAGGAGCCCCGGAGACCAAGGUCCCCUUCAGUUCUUCACCCAACGAUGGAGCAUUCUGGAGGGGCUUAUCUAAAUGUCCAGGCCGUGUGGUCCAAAGUCGGGCUUGUCCGCAUGCUCCAACUAUUACUCGGAUGUACCACCUUCAGCCUGGUCCUCCACCGAGCCGGGUUCAGCGCAGCCUAUGGAGCCUUCUGCGUCUUCGUAUGGUGCUUCUGUUUUGCGAUCACCACCCUCAUCGUCAUCUGCGACUUCACAAGGCUGCAGUCCUGCCUCCGCAACCUCUCCUGGGGGAACUUCACCGCGGCCUUCGCCAUGUUGGCUUCUCUCAUGACCCUCACGGCCUGCGUCAUCUACCCGCUCUACUUCGUCACCCUAAACUGUUCGUCGUCCGACUGCGGCACCAGGAACCACCGACUGGCGGUCAGCAUCUGCGCGGGACUUUUGUUCCUGGUCUACGCCGUGGAGGUGUAUUUGACUCGCGCCAAGCCCGGAAUGCACUGCAGCUACAUGGCCACGGCGGCGGGGCUUCUGAAGGUGGUCCAGGCCUUCGUGGCGUGCGUGAUCUUCGGAGCUCUGGCUACGGAAAGCCAAUACAAGAGGUAUGUGGCCACUCAGUGGUGCGUGGCCGUGUACAGUUUCUGCUUUGCGAUGACCGUGGUGGUGAUCGUUCUCAACAUCACCGGGCGGGCGGUGACGGUACGCUGCCCCUUUGAACGCGUCGUGGUGAUCUAUACGGUGGUGGCGAUACUGAUGUACCUGAGUGCUUCCGUCAUAUGGCCCGUGUUCUGCUUCGAUACAAAGUACGGGUCGCCAACCAGACCGGCCAGAUGUUACUGGGGGCGCUGCCCGUGGGACAGCCAACUAGUGGUCACCAUCUUCACCCAUAUCAACCUGGCAUUGUACAUAGCGGACUUGGUGUACACACAGAGACUGCGAUUUGUGGCUCAGCGCUAACUUCUAUUUAUUACAUGUACAGAGGACUUGGGGACCACGGGAGGUACCGAUGUAAAAAAGAACAAAAAAUAAUAAUAAUAAUAAUUGUGCAAUCAUUCGUAUUUAUUAGACUUUGUGAUGUGAGUUUAUUACCUUUUUCUGCAUUUAUUCUGUUUUUAAGAAUUGACUUGAGAAUGUAAUUGUAUAAAUAAAAAGUAUUUUUUUCUAUAAUUA